CGCUGUGCCCUAGUGCUGCCACAGCAGCGUAGUGUCAACGCCGACGGCGCCUCACAUCAGCCUGAGCCUCUGUACACCAGCCCCAAACCAUUUUGCCUCUCUCGCGGUUUGCUGCCAUCGCGCUAGCUACUGCUGCCUCGUUGGGACUUGGCAUCCUUUGAGUCUCCACCCACUGGCAAUCUUGGACAUUGGUGUUUGAGUAUUGGGCUUUCAGUUGGAUGGAAAUAACAAGGAAAUGUUGAACGAUGUCUUCGCGUGCUAGAGAGCCACCUUGCUUAGCAUGCAAUUGGCAGGGUAGCCAAACAUAUUUCCAUUCUUGCUCUGGAUGACAUUGAAGUACAAGGGUGUGCACAACAGUUGCUCCAUGUGCAUACGCAAGAUGGGGCUAGAUGCGGCAGCUCAACCAUCUCCAAUCGAUCGUAAGUAAGCUCCCUCCACAUCAUUGAGUGCCCCGGCUUGAUUCAAGUUACAACAUCACCGCCUUUGUGUGCGUAAAUAUAUUGGACAAGAUGCCAGAGCAAAAAGGAAAUAUUUUGAUGCAGAGAUAUGAGAUGGGAAGAUUGCUUGGGCAAGGAAGCUUUGCUAAAGUAUACUAUGGCCGUGAUGUUAAUACAUCGCAGAGCGUCGCCAUCAAGGUGAUUGACAAAGAGAAGAUAUUCAAAUGUGGGCUUAUGGAUCAAGUAAGACGGGAGAUAUCGGUGAUGAAGUUGGUCAAACAUCCUAACAUAGUCCAAUUGUAUGAGGUGAUGGCAACAAAAACCAAGAUAUAUUUUGUGCUAGAGUAUGUGAAGGGUGGUGAACUGUUCAACAAGGUUCAACGUGGAAGGCUGAAAGAAGAUGUUGCUAGGAAGUACUUCCAACAACUAAAUAGUGCAGUUGACUUCUGUCACAGCAGAGGGGUUUAUCACCGUGAUUUGAAGCCUGAAAAUCUUCUUCUUGAUGAAGAUCGCAAUUUGAAGAUCUCAGACUUCGGUUUAAGUGCACUUGCAGAAUGCAAGAGACAAGAUGGGUUGCUCCACACAACUUGUGGUACUCCUGCAUAUGUUGCUCCAGAACUGAUUAGUAAAAAAGGAUAUGAUGGUGCAAAAGCUGAUAUCUGGGCUUGUGGAGUGAUCUUGUAUGUAUUGUUGGCUGGUUAUCUCCCUUUCCAAGACAAGAAUUUGAUGGACAUGUAUAAGAAGAUUUACAAAGCAGAACUCAAGUGGCCAAGCUGGUUUUCUUCGGAUGCCCGGAGGCUUUUGCGGCGUAUUCUUGAUCCAAACCCUGCUACACGGAUCUCCUUCUCAGAAAUCAUGGAAAAUCCUUGGUUCACAACAGGGCUUAACUCAGAGUUACUUAAUUAUAGCAUACCAACAGAGAAUGUCGUUCAUGUUGACAUGGAUCCAGCUUCAGAUCCAUUCAACAACAAUACAACUGAUGAUGGAAAAGAAGAAACAGGAAAAGUCACUAACUUGAAUGCUUUUGACAUCAUUGCUCUAUCAUCUGGGUUUGAUCUCUCUGGUAUGUUUGGGGAUAAUUGCAACAAGGAGUCAAAAUUUACAUCGACCAACACAGCUAUAACAAUUAUCAGAAAACUCGAGGACAUUGCAAAGAGCUUGCGGCUAAAGCUCAUCAAGAAAGAUGGUGGUCUAUUGAAGAUGGAAAGUUUGCAACCAGGAAGGAAGGGUGCAAUGUCCAUCAAUACUGAGAUAUUUCAGUUUACGCCAAACUUUCAUUUGGUGGAAAUCAAGAAGAUCAAUGGUGAUACCCUCGAGUAUCAGAAUGUUAUGAAACAAAGUAUGAGGCCAGCUUUGAAAGAUAUCGUUUGGGCUUGGCAAGGUGAGCAGCCCCAACAGCAGAAUGAACCAUGUUAAUGUUGUGGCAAGUAAAUAGGGGUAGAAAUAGUGAGGAUGUGCAGCAUCUCUUUGUUAGACGCAAUAAUGUACUUCUCUAACUUUUUGGUAGUUUAACUUUCCAAUGUCCUGUUUUCACAUUGAAAUGUUGUUUUUCUAUUCACCAUUCAAUUGAAAACAAGCUUGCUUUCUCAUUGGUA